GUGCGCCAUGAGGACGUGCGGGCAAGCAUUCAUCUGACCGCUCGAUGAGCUUUCGGCGACCCCCCGAGAUAAUUUCUCCACUGGAGUGCCGAGCGCUAUCAAUCGAGACGGAAAGAAGAAUGCCUCCGGCAGAAGAAGUUCACGAGCAACCGAGUCAAACCUUCGUUGGUCUCAAGGAAAAAAUCGAGCUCGCCACUGAAUUCCUGAGGAACGCACUUCUGAUGGUUGACAUCGCGCGCAAAGAGAGAAUAUCGGCGAGAAAUCGAGAGGCCGCAUUCAAUCGGCUUACGCGGCAGAAACUCAUGUGGCAGCAACGGAAUGUAGUGAUCCAGGACGAGAUGGGCGCGAGACUGGAGGAGAUCUCCAGGCUCCAGAGAAUUUCCCGAGCUAUUGAAGCGUCCGAGAAGAGUACCGCCGAGACUCUUAUCGAGGAAAAUAGAGCGUUGCUGGAAGACCUCCUCAGCGUACUGAAAAGCCAGAAUGAAUGAAUCAGUGAAUUUUUUUGUGGUCAUACCUUAAAAUUAAAGCUUAUACAUAUA